AUGGAUACGGAAAAUACAACUGAUGAAGGAAAUCAAUCAAUAUCAAAAGGAUCCAAUACAGCCAAAUUACGUAUGAAGGAACGUGGCCGUUCACUGGCAAUGCCAACUAAUACUGACAUAAAUGAUCCGGAAAAUUUAGAUUAUGAAGAUAUUGAUGACAAUCAUUCACCAGGUAAAUUAGAAGAUGGUCAAGAAGUAGAACAAAAUGAUAAUCCGGUGAAACAUAUAAUUGUUGAUACAAAAACAUCAGAGAAUAUUCAAGAUGAAGAAGUUGAAAUGUUAAAUAAACCACAAGAAAUAAAUAAUAAUAAUAUUAUUAAUUCAUCAGAAAAUGAUGCUCCAAUGGCAGCAGCAACAGCAAGUGACGAAGGAGAAUUAGACGAAGCCGAUUUAGAAGAUGGCGAAAUUCAUGAUCCAAGUACAUCAAAACAACGAACAUCAUUAUCUGAUGAUCAAUCAUCAGAACAAAAUCGUAAUCGAAUAAAUAGCGCUAUACCAUCAUCGCCACAAGCUAAAGUUCAAUGUCGAUUUUUUCUUCAAGGUCGUUGCCAUUGGGGACCUAAUUGCAAAUUUAUUCAUCCAAAUAAUGAAUCAACCAAAAAUUCCACUGGAUUAUCGGUUGAUGCUUUAGCAGCAACUAGCAAUGAAGUCGUAUCGCCAACAUCAGCUAUUGUCCCUAUACCUACACCCAUAGCGGCUAGCACUUGGAUCUCACCACAAACUGCAGCUGCUGCAUCUCAAUUUUUUCCGAAUCCAGCUCUGCGUGGUCCAACACAAUCCGCUGGUUUACCAUUAGUACCACCAACGGGUACUGAAUCAGCAUGGGAACGUGGAUUACGUUCAGCUAAAACACUUCGUGAACAAUCGAUGCGACGUAAACAACAAGAUAAAGAUUUUAAUGAUAAAAAAUUCAAUUUAACGAUUCGAGAUGCACUUGAUGAAAAAGAUGGUGACGAUAAUGUUUUAAAUAUUGACCGACCAUCUCCAAUGGAUUAUGAUCUGAAUAAUUUAUCGGGAACUAAUUAUCCUGAUCAACGUGGUUAUCACGAUCGGUAUCAUGCAUAUAACUAUCCAAAUACAUCUGGUAAUUCUCAUUAUAAUAAUCAUCAUCGAACGAAUAAUAAUUCUCGUAAUAAUAAUAAUAAUAAUAAUAAUAAUAAUGCAUUACCACCUAAUGAUCAUUCUGAUCGUCGUUCGCGUCAUGCAGAUGAUUAUACAGAUUCUCGAAAUGAUAAUAGAAAUAGAAAAGAAAAUCUUUCAACAAAGCACAACAAAGCAACAUUGAAAAAAGAUGAUUCAUCCUCUUUUAAACGAAAUUUAUCUCAACAACAGUAUGCAUCCGGUUCACAUCAUAAUAAUGAUGUACAAUCACAUUUCAAUCCAUAUAGUGGUCGACGUGGAGAUGAUUGGCAUGAUCCAUGGGACAGAUCAAGAAAUCAUGCAGGUGGUGCCGGUGCUGGUGGUGGUGGUAGUAAUCGUCGUCCAUCAGGUGGUGUUCGAGAGCCAUCCUAUUCAUCGUCAUCAUCCGGUACAUCUUCAAGUUCAUCUCGAUCAACUCAUUCACGUUCUCAUUCAACUUCAUCGUCAAGUCGAUCAAGAUCGAGGUCAAGAAGUAGACCAAAACGUCGUUCACCAUCGGUAACACGUGCAACAAAACCAAAUUCGACGACAAAAUUAUCCGAAAUGGUUAAAAAUGGCAAUGAAAAAAAGUCAAAUAGUAAUAAAAAAUUAGUAUCACCAUCGUCAGCAGCAGCAACAACAACAACAAAUAAAUUUCUUCCUGGUCGACAAAUUUCAAGUCAUACAUUAAAAAAAGCUGAAAAAAGUAGUAUUACUACUGGUUCUUCGACUAAUAAUCAUUUAAAAGAUCAAUAUGGAAAAGAUUCGGAUAUAAAUAUUAAAAAACCAACAAAAAAAGAAAAUAUUAGUCGAUCUGAUAGUACAAGUUCAUCAUCAUCGUCGGAUAGUGAUGCUAAUCGAAUUACCCAUCGAUCAUCUAGUUCAUCAUCGGGCAGUUCAAGUUCAGAGAAUGAAACACGAAUUAAAACAAAACCAGGAUCUGGUGGAGGUAAAACAACAGUCAGUAGUAGUAGCAGUCAUUCAACAAAACCAAUCAAUCGACAAUUAUCUUCAUCAUCUGGUGGUGGCAGUAAAAAUGCAAGUACUAAGUCAAAACACGAUUCUGUGAACCGUGAAGCCUCAAAAACUAAAGAUUCAUCGUUGACAUCUGCUAAAAAACGCCGUGAUAAUUCAUCAUCCACAGGUUCGACCAAUGCAGCAAAAAAAACGAAACUAACUGCAACAGAUUCUCAGAAACCAUCAAGCGAUGCCAACAAUGAAGAAAACUCUGAUUCUAGUAAAAAGAAAGAAAAACAAAAAAUUUUGAAAAAACUUCAAGAAGUAGAAAAACUUAUAAUCCAACGGUCAACAAAAACAUCAUCUUGA